AUGAAACUAUCGACACUAGCUUGGUUGAUAGCUGGUAUUCUGCCAACAGCAGCGCUGGCACAAACAUUUCAGUAUGGCUCGAGAUUUCCAAAGAACAAGUUGUACAAUCUGGAGCCAGAUACAAUUGGUCUUGAUGGCAUUGAUGGCACUGUAGCUGCAUUUGGUGAUUUCAAUGGAGAUAAAUUUACAGACUUGUUUAUCUUGAGUUCAGACCAGACUUCCGUUUCGAUAUAUCUAUGGAAUCAUGAGGGAUUUACAUUCAGAGGACUCACCAAGAGCAAGACAAUACAGCCAGGUUUCAUCAUCACCAACGUCGUUCCUGGAGACUACAACUACGAUGGAAAACUAGACGUGCUGUUGAUGGGAGAGCAAAACCCAGAUAAAAACCCUACAAACGAAAUCAAAAUGCAAAUAUACCUCGGCAAUGGCAACGAUACAUUUGAAUCAGAGACGAUCAAGUUGCCAUCAGCACAUCAUGCAUUACCUAUUGUUUUAGAUGUCAAUGGCGAUAUGAAGACUGAUAUUUUAGGCUAUUCAUUGGAAACAAAGCAGUUGAGCUUAUGGAUGAACGAAGCAUUGAAUGAAUCAAACGAUACCAGUACCAUAUUCAAUGUAACAUCUGCGUCGCCUCUGUUUGACAAAUCACUGACAGACCGCUGUACAUGGGCAAACCCUCAUUCAAAUGCAUUUGUCGACUUGGACGGCGAUUGUCUGGCAGACCUUGUGUUUGUGUGCUCCAAAUCCAGUGGAUCAAAAUCGAUACAGAUAUGGACAAAUCGCAGAGAUGAGGGGUUCGCAUUAUCGCACGAAGCAGAUUUACCGAGCGGAGCAGGGCCGCUCAGUUUUGCAGACAUCGAUGGUGAUGGAUCAAUUGAUAUUGUAUUCCCUGUCUGCCAAAACAAGGUGUGCAGUAUUCAUGUCGUCUACAACCAGCAAAUGGGUCUUUGCAGUAAAUCGCAACAAGCGUCUACCUCAUGUCGAAGUGCGCAACAUUUGUGUGUCGCAGACCCCAACUUUACCUUUGAUUUCACCAAGCCAAAUACGCAACAUUACGUGGUAUUCGAUAUCGAUGCCUAUUUGGAUGACAACGAGUUUAUUCUGACGGAGGAUGCCAACUUUAGAGGACAAUUACCUGUGCCAGUGCAUACAGGCGAUUACAAUUUGGAUGGAUAUCCUGAUCUACUGGUCACUACAAAUCAACGCGUGUUGCUAUUAGAGUCCAUCUUGUGCGAUACGACUUUAUGCUCAAGCAGUGCUCAGUCAGUGAGUAGACGCACCUUUUCCAUCGUGACAACAGGAGCUGGUAUCCUCAACAAAAUGUCAAAUCCAACGCAAGCAGCGUUUUUCGACAUUGAUGAAGAUGGUUCUCUCGAUAUCUUGGUAUUGCAAAACCUGCAAAAGAACUCGGAUGCCAAACGAACGCCCAACUUUGUCAUCAACAACUUUUUCAAUGAUGCCUUCUUUUUAAAGGGAUUAGUGUCCAACGGUGUUGCUGAUUUGGAGGCGUAUGGUGUCAGUUAUCCUGGUGCCUCGCUCAAAUUCACUGUACUAGACACAGCAGGAGUCAAGAGAUCGCAUCAAAUUUCGCAACUAGCACAAUCCGGCUACAUGGCAUUGCAAACACCUUACUGCUUGUUUGGGUUAGGUAGAACCAACAAUUAUGUAGAGGAAAUGUUUGCUGGUGUGUCUCGUCAUCAGGAAAAGAACUACUUUUUCUAUGAGGGCGUGAUCCCCAAUUCACAACUGGUGUUCCUGCCAUACCAACCAGAGCAUGUGCAAGACAGCUCUUCUUGGAAGGUGGAAUUGUACAUCAAGCCUGCUGACUAUGUACCUUGGGUGCUGGCCGUGUUGGUAGGUGCUUCCAUCAUACUAGCUGUGGUGGUAGUGGUGCUUCGUGCAUUGGAAAAGAAGGAGGAUGAAAUGGAACGAAGAAAGGCACUUCACAUCAUUAAUUUUGAUGCUUUAUAA